AUGGCUGAUGCAAGAAACGUUAAUGAAGAUGAUGAUGAAAUGACUAGACAAGAAGCAUUUAAUAGCAAAGUCGUAGAGGUGGCGGAAGAAGUUAUGCAAGCUAAUUUUCCCCGAUUAGCUCAAGAAGUAGAAAGCCAGGUUUUGGGAGUCGUGGAUGCUAUGAUGACUAGCAAGAUCGAGGAAUUGAAAGAACUGAUUGAGGGGUCUAAAAGUAAAGGCAAAGAACGACGAUGCACGUAUAAAGAUUUCGUGGCAUGCAAUCCUGCAACGUACGAUGGUAAAAUCGACCCGAUCGCAUGCCAAAGAUGGAUUUCAAACAUAGAAGCGGUAUUCAUACGAAGUCAGUGUGAUAAGGAAGAUCAGGUGAUGUUCGCUACUGGCCAACUCACUCUCCAGGCGAAAGAUUGGUGGGAUGCGCAUGGCAAGGAAAUAGGGGAGGAUAGACUCCGAAUGAUGACUUGGCAAGAAUUUAAGGAGCCCUUUAUGAGAUACCAUUGCCCUCAGUCGGCUAUUGAUAAGAUUCAGGAAGAUUUCUUGCGCCUCCGACAGAAAAACGAGUCAAUAAACGAAAUAUCAAAUAUUUUCAUGGAUAAGAUGAAGUUCUGUGGGGAUUUCGUGAAGACUGAAAGAAUGAAGAUCAAUCGUUUUUACGGAGUAUUAAAGGCGGAAUUUAGGGAGUUCAUCACUCCCUCGAAAUGUGAGACCCUUGAUGAAUUUAUCAAUCUGGCACGAGAUAGAGAAAUUGAGAUUAAAAGGCAAGAAGAGCAUGGUGAAAAGAGAUCAAGUGAAAAAGGUGCAAGUUCGAGCCCAUCUAAAAAGGGGAAGUAUCAAGAGCAAGGUAGGAACGAUAAGUCGAGGGGUGGUAUUACGCCUUGCAAGACUUGUGGGAAACUUCACACUGGAGAGUGCUUGUUAGGCAAGAAGGGGUGCUACAAAUGUGGUAAGGAGGGACAUUCAUCUUAUCAAUGUCCAAAUAACCCGAAGACUUGCUUCAAUUGUUUUGAGAAGGGACACAUCAAGUCGAAAUGA